UGCAUGUUCCCGAGCCACACUUCCACUCAGAGGGGACCUAAAGUGGACCGGAGCGGGAUUACACACUUCAUCUGAUGCAAGCGCAGCAACACAGACACUUUUGAGUGACUGGAGGAAUCAGCCGCGCUCCGUAAAAUGGUCCAAAUCGGCGACGUGACACCAUGUCGCAUCUCGUCUGAUGUUUGACACACUUGUGGAGAGAACUUAAGAGACUGGGGGAGGACGUUGCAAAAGUCACAGAGAAUCCAUCCCGAGCCUCGCGGGCACCUUUUUUUUUUGCUGGAGUCCGGACAAACCGAUCGCCGUCCAGAUGCAGUUUCGACUCUUCUCCUUUGCCCUGAUCGUAUUGAACUGUAUGGAGUACAGCAACUGUCAGGCGCCGUCGCAACGCUGGAGGAGAAACAAAAGAGCUAGCUAUGGAGUGUACCCCAUCUGUAAGGGCUGCUCGGUGUGCUCCAGGGACAAUGGCUGUGUAAACUGCCAGCCCAAACUCUUCCUGUUUCUGCGGAGAGAGAGGAUGAGGCAGUACGGGGAGUGUCUUCAUGACUGUCCAGCGGGAUACUAUGGCAUGCGCAGCCCCGAACUCAACAUGUGCUCCAGGUGCAGGAUAGAGAACUGCGAGUCCUGCUUCAGUAAAGACUUCUGCACCAAGUGCAAGUUGGGUUUUUACCUACACAAAGGGCGCUGCUUUGACAAGUGCCCAGAGGGCUUUGCUCCACUGGAGGAAACGAUGGAGUGUGGAGAGGGCUGUGAGGUGGGCCAGUGGAGUGAAUGGGGAGCAUGCACCAGGAGAAACAAAACCUGUGGCUAUAAGUGGGGUCUGGAGACCCGGACGCGGCACAUUGUAAAGAAACCACCAAAGGACACAAUACCUUGUCCCACCAUCGCCGAGUCCAGGAUGUGCAAAAUGGCCAUGAGGCAUUGCAGGAGAGGGGGCUCAGGGAAGCACCGACCAAAAGAACCAAAGAAGAAGAACAAGCAGAGGCUGCGGUUUCGGGCCCAGAACCAGCACAGUGACCACUUGGCCUCUGUGCGGCCCAGCCAGUGAGGGACUGAAAACUGCCCAUUGAACAAAGAACCAACGCGAAGCUGCUAGCCGCUGCUGCACCCAUAUUCUAAACCGACGACUAUCACGACUCCCGCCAACUCUCCACCUGCCUCACAUCCCCUCCCCACCGCCCCUGACGACCCCAACCCCACCAGGACAUAGCCAUGACUCACAAUUCCAAACAUAUACAGUAUUUGUAACGUUAGAUGUCAGUAUCAACAUAUCCAAAUACUUGUCUCUGCCUCCUGCUGCUUCUCCCCCUCCUGCAGUGACCAGCCCGGUGACUCUGUUGCCCCCCAGUCCCCCCCCCCCUUGUCUUGCCUUGUGGACCUAUUGCAGUUGACAUUAACUAAUUUCCCCAUCAAUAACACAAUGUCAUUGACCAUCCGGGGUGAUGGAAGACCGGCAACCAGAGACCGUGGAGACGGGAGCACUAGAGGGAGGUGGAUAGGAGCAGUAGUGAGGGAGUUUUGCUGAGCUGAACUACUCCUGGGAUGAAAUGGUGGGGGGGAGUUAUUGAACCAAGGAGGAUGAAAGAAAAGAUGGAGAAUUGAGAGGCAGAAGAGAUUUGGCUGAAGCAAUAGACGCUGAUGAACUGAAAGAGACUGUUUUUGUUUCUAUAUUUAUGUCAAAGCUACCCUCACCUUCCCUCUAAAUGGAGACGGAGUGUUCCCAUGUGCGGCCUUUAUGUUAUGUACAUUUUUGAGAGUAAUAUUAAAGAAAUUACCAUGCAUAGUUGCAAAGUAUUUUAUUCUCAGCACAAACUGUUUACGUUCAGACCGCUUUAUGCUCUAACUGUAUAGUGUGGAUAAUAAAAUAAAUUUAGUUGUUCGACUAGCAUGGCGACAGACUCGUGUACAUAAUUUAUCUAAUUAUGAAAGCUUAUUACUGUAUUUUCAGUAUUGACUCGUUCACCGUUCUAAAUGUUUUAGAGAUAAAAGGGUUGUAAUACCAAGCUACAGAUUAAAAUGAUUAAAAACAAAUAAUAAACAUAGCCGCAAACAUAGCUAUUUCAUUUAUAUGGUAUAUAUUUGAUUUAUUUAUUAAUUCUAUUUUGUACUUUUUUUUGUUCAGUGAGAUUUCUUUUGCCUCAUACUGUUACUCUUAUAUGGGGAAAUAUUCUUUGAGUUCCUUAUAGCAGUGCAUAUCUUUAACAAGUGGAAAGGGUUUCUGUCUGAUGUCACGCCAAGUGUUGUAUAACAUUCAUUUGACCUCAUCUACUGAUUUCAGUGUUUUAAAGAAGAAAAAACGACAAAUGAAACUAUGCUUUGACAUAUUCUAGGUUUUAAUAAUUAGGAUCCAGCAAAUGUAUGGUCAUAGGACUGCAUAUGUGUACGUUGUGUUUUAUUAAAAUACACUUAAUGUGACUGUAA